CGUCCUCGCUGUCAUCGUUGCCCCCCCAUCGCCCCCUUGCUGUGCUUUGCGCAUAUCACACACAGCGACUGUCGCCAGAUCAGAUCUUAUUCCAUCUCGCCGAUCGCCGUGCAGUACGCCGCUCGAGACACCACGACCACCGUCGACUUUACCGACGCGCUCUCUUCUCCCCGUCCUACCUUCCCGUGUCGUGCAACUCGCCCUGUAAAGACUAUUCACCACACACUUUGAGCCGUCACACACCCACACCACAUUACACGCACCCACGGCCACUUUGUGACUUUUGCACGCACCACUUGCAACCACCACCAACCCGUCACGCCUCACGCCGCACCACCGCACAAACACCAGCUAGCGCAAAUCCACCUUUGAAACUUCUUUAUCUCUCGCAGCCAAGCCAUUCCACUCGUCCUCGCACCUCCCCACCUCCCCUCCACCUCCCCCCCAACCUCCCCGGCAUGGACCCCCGCCAUCGUGCGCCAUUCGCGCACCAGUCGUCGUCGCUCGACCUCCACAGCCAGUACACACAGUCCCAGCCGCCGCUCCGACCGACGCAAUGGGCGCCCCCCAGCGGUGCCACCCACCUGGGCGUUCCCGGCGUCGUUGGCGGCCCAGGAUUCUUCGAGCCAGCACCCACUCCUGCGCCGUCCAAACUCGCAUCCGCAGCCGCUGGAUUACUCGGCAGCUUCAAGAUGCAGCGUAAAGGCAGCGACGACGGCGACUACUCGCUCGGCACCUCGACCUCGACCGGCAGCAGGUCAUCAUCAUGGGACUCGGACUCGCUCCAACGUGCGCUCCCCUCGGCGCAGACGGUCAAGUUUGUCCUCCUCUGCUUCCUCUGGUACGCGACCUCGGCAGUGUCAAGUAACACGGGCAAGGUCAUCCUCAACAACUUCAAGUUCCCAGUGACCCUCGUUAUCGUCCAGUUUGCCUUUGUCGCGGGGCUCUGCUGGAUCGGCUCGCGCCGCGAGCUCGGCCUCACAGGUCGUCUGCGCAGCCCAACAAAGGCAAUCUUGCGUGGAACCUUGCCCAUGGCCAUCUUCCAGGUUGGAGGCCACAUCUUUGGCUCGCUCGCCAUCAGCCGCGUGCCCGUUAGCACGGUUCACACCAUCAAGGCCCUCUCUCCCCUCUUCACGGUCCUCGCGUACGCUGUCGUCUUUGGCGUCUCGUACUCGCCGGCAACCUACAUCUCAAUCCUCCCUCUCACCCUCGGCGUCAUGCUCGCCGUGUCGUUUGACAUUUCCUUGUCCAACUUCUUCGGCCUCAUCUGCGCCUUUGGCUCUACGAUUGUGUUCGUGUCCCAGAACAUCUUCUUCAAGAAGGUCAUGCCUAGCCCCGGCUCCAAUGCCGAGACUAGCGGUCCCCGCCUCGACAAGAUCAACCUCCUCUACUUUUCGAGCGGCAUGGCCUUCCUCCUCAUGAUCCCCAUCUGGCUCUACUCUGAUGCCGGCCGGAUCGCCAGCAUGUGGUUCAACGGCGUCCCGCUUACCGGUAGCGUUGGCGGCAGCAAGGUUGCGCUCUACCUUUUCAUCAACGGCACGGUGCACUUUGCCCAGAACGUGUUGGCAUUCCUCAUCCUCUCGUCAACCUCUCCCGUGACGUACUCGAUCGCCUCGCUCGUCAAGCGCAUUGCUGUUAUCUGCCUCGCAAUCAUCUGGUUCAAGCAGUCGGUCCACGCCAUCCAGGCCGUCGGUAUCGGUCUCACUGCUGUUGGCCUCUACAUGUACAACAACGCCAAGCGCGACGUUGAAAAGGGCGAGAAGAAGAUGCGCCAGGUCGACGCCGUCCACAGCGGCAUGCUCCCGACCUCGGUCGCCGACCAGCGCCUCCUCGAGGGCCGUUCGACCCCUGCUACUGAGAAGCCAUACGCCCACCUCGGCAAGGAGUCUCCCCGCCCCUCCUACAGCCACGACUUUGAGAGUGUCUCAAAGUCGUCUGCCAUCCGCUCAGCUCCCCCUCCCAUCUUCACCAUGCCGCCUCGAGGCGCAAAGGUGUCGCUGCAGGAGCCCUACCCCUCCCCACCAGCCAGCACGGCCUCGUCCCCACCCCUCCCUGCCGUGCCGCUCGCACGAGGGGACGACACGCCCUCAAUCUCCUUGACUGGAGCGUGAGCACAUCUCACGUUUAGAUCGACAUUGUUUAGAUUUCAUGCCUUCAUCACCAUUCGACCUCGUUCCUUGCCCCCCUUUGCAACCCCCGCCAUCUCACGGGUUGUUGUGCACUUGCAUAGCUUCGCCUCUUUCAUUAGAUCUUCAUAGACACGGCUGAAGUCACCGGCGACGGACACUCCCUCCAAUCUCAAUACACUGGCGUAACGAGCCGCACACACUGUCGACCCCAUGCAUAAUAC